AUGCCGAGACAACCAAGGGCCAGCAGCGGUUCUCACCACCAUCAACCCUACGCCAAUACGCAUGCGCAACAUCAACUUGGAGUCUCGCUUGCUCCUGCAUCCAUGUACACGGAACCCAGAAUGUCCAUCCCGGCUUCCAACAACUACUUUGACAUGUCUACCACGUCGGCGACCCCAUCUUCGUCCAUGCAAAUCCCUCCCCAGCACCAGCCUCACCAACUGCCGUCGGCGAGCUUUGACAACAAUGACUACAACACCAACCCUGCCCCUACUCUUACCCUCCCACCUUCCCACCGCCCAAGUUCGGGAGCAUGGACCCUCCAUGAUGACCAACAGCUCAUUGAAGCCCGAACCAAGGGACUUAACUGGAACCAAAUCAAGAACACCUACUUCCCCUCCAAAUCGGCUAACGCAUGCCGCAAGCGUCAUGAGCGGUUGUCCGAACGACGAGAUUCGGAUGAAUGGGACAACCGCAAAUUCCAGCGCCUAGCCAAGGAGUACAUGGCUAUGAGAAAGGAGAUUUGGAGCGGACUGGCGGCACGGACUGGCGAGAAAUGGACAGCUGUCGAGCACAAGUGUCUUUCGAAUGGCCUCAAGAACAUCCAAAGCGCAUCUCGCGCUGCGACCCGUCUCGAACGCCUCCACAGCCAGAGCGCUGCAGCAGCAGCUGGCGGCGGUCCACUUACAGGGUAUGAUGACGACAGCGGCAUUUCCGGCAUCGGCCUGACUCCUGUUGAUGAACUAGACGCAUCCUACAGUAGUCCCGUCACGAGCAUCAGCUCUUCUGGGGGACGAGCCGGCGGUGGUGGGGGAGUCCACUCGACCUCUUCCAGCUUCCAGCAACCACCACCACACGAUCCACUCGCACAUAUACCAUCUUCGGCUGUCUCGCAUCCACAACAAAUGCAGACUAUGGGAGAAGCCUCGAGUGCCAACUAUCUGAGUACAUUUGGUAUACCCUCGAACGGCAUGGGAGGUGGUACCUACGGUGCUCGUAGCAGUCAUCAUCACCAUCCUUCUGCUAUGCAAAAUCAACACCGGUACUCGUCAAGCGUCAGCUCCAACGCCAGCUAUGGGCCUGGCAACAGUGAAAACGGAGCCAGCCCCUAUGCAAAUGGUCAACAACGCAUGGCCAGUGUCGACAUGGGUAUUGGCUCUAUAAUCAAUCGAGGUGGUGGUGCUGGUGCUGGUCCCGGCAUGUGA